AAAUCGAAAACUCUUCUAAGAAAAGUUGUUUGAAAAAGACAAGAAUCCACCUUCAAAACCAAAGCCGAAGCUAUAUCCCACUCGGGACAAGGCCUAACUAUGGGAACUGUCGCUACAGAGUACAAGCAUUUAGCAACAAAAGCUACAGAAAAAAUUGUCUGAAACCGAACAUGGAGAAGAUAGAGCACACCGUGGUGACCACCAACGGCAUAAAAAUGCACGUCGCAUCGGUUGGUUCAGGCCCGGUAAUCCUUUUCCUGCACGGCUUUCCCGAGCUUUGGUAUUCCUGGAGGCACCAGCUUCUUUCCCUGUCAUCCCUCGGGUACCGUUGCGUGGCUCCCGAUCUUCGUGGGUUCGGUGAUACCGACGCGCCUCCCUCGGCGACUUCAUACACUGUUUUCCACAUCGUGGGGGAUCUCGUUGGCCUUCUCGACGCGCUUGGUGUUGACCAGGUGUUUUUGGUGGGGCAUGAUUGGGGUGCGAUGAUCGCAUGGUAUUUUUCCCAGUUCAGGCCUGAUAGAGUCAAGGCUUUGGUCAACAUGAGCGUGGCGUAUCGGCCUAGGCACCCCAAGGUGAAGCCCGUGGAAGGACUCAGGGCUUUGUUUGGUGACGAUUAUUAUAUUUGCAGGUUUCAGGAACCUGGGGAGAUUGAAGAAGACUUUGCUCAGAUGGAUACUGCAAAAGUUAUGAAGUUAUUUCUUACAUCUCGCAAUCCACGUCCACCUUGUAUUCCUAAAGAAACAGGUCUCAGAGGUUUGCCUGAUCCUCCAGCCUUGCCUUCUUGGCUUUCAGAAGAAGACAUCAACUACUAUGCUAGCAAAUUUAAUCAAAAAGGAUUCACCGGAGGACUGAACUAUUACCGAGCUUUGAAUCUAAACUGGGAACUGAUGGCGCCAUGGACCGGAUUACAAAUCAAAGUGCCAGUUAAAUUCAUCGUGGGCGACCUGGACAUUACAUACCACACCCCUGGUGUCAAGGAUUAUAUACACAAUGGUGGAUUCAAGAAACAUGUGCCUUUCUUGCAGGAAGUAGUUGUCAUGGAAGGAGUAGCCCACUGUCUAAACCAAGAAAAGCCCGAGGAGAUUAGCAUGCACAUUUAUGACUUUAUUAAGAAAUUCUGAUUCUGAUCUCCUAUGGUACCUGACCUCCCUUGACGUUCAGAUUCUACAAUAAAGUGUUAAGACGUUGCAAUGGA